AUGACUCUGCAAAAUGAGACGACCCCGCUGCUGCGCACCUCAAGCGGGCAGCAGGAAGAUGCUCCGAAAGGGUGGUUCAAGCGGGCGCUCCGGACCGUGUUCCAUGUCGAGAAUCGCAUCUUGUUUGCCGGCUUCCUCAUCACUCUCUCCUUCAGCUUCACACAAGUCCCACUGCUCUACGUAUUUCGGUUGAUGGAGUGCGAUAUCUACUAUGACACCCAUCCUCCGUAUGAAGGCGACGGCGAUCGCUGCAGUGUCAAUUCCAUAUCGGCCGGCACCGCCACCCAGUUCAGUAUUUUGGGCAUGAGCACAACUCUUUGUGGAACGAUAAACUUAUUCGUUACCGGAUGGAUGUCGAAAAAGUAUGGGCCCCGCGCGGCGAUCCUCGUCCAGACGUUUGUACCCGCCAUCCGUGUCUUGACCCAAAUCAUCGGCGUCGUAGCUGGGAGGAGGGAAGGCAUUGUCAUUAUCCAGGCUACCCAAUUGAUCACCAUUCUCGGAGGGCCGGCAGGCUACAUUCUCAUGGCGAAUAUUAUUACCGGAGAGCUCGUUGAGCCUGCGAGACGCACCGCCGUGUUCGGUCAACUCCAAGGCACCAUCAUGUUGGGCCAAGGUAUCGGAUACCUUGGUAUGCUCCUGAUUUCCCAUAGUCCCUUCUACCGGGGUUUCCAGACUAAUGAAGAACAUUUUCCAGCUGGCGGCAUGCUUGGUGACAUUGACAUCCGGGCCCCAUUCGACACUGCCUUCGUAUUCUUCCUCAUCUCUGCGCUCUACGUCCAAUUCGCAUUGCCAUAUAUCGACCCAAGCUCCAUGACUGACGGGAAGAAAUCAGACAAGGGCGCCAUAGCUGCGUUCCUGGCCCCUCUGAAGAUCCUCGUUCCCCAGCGUCUGCGGCUCGCGGAUGGCCGAAUCAAGAAGCACUAUGGUGUCGUCUUCCUCUGCGCCGGCAUCUUCAUCGGCGUGUUGGCGACAGGCUACGCGCCUCUGCUCAUCCAGAUGUAUGCGACCGGAAACCUCGGCUUCUCCCAGGCAGACAACGGAUGGCUCAUGAGCGGGUUCGCAAUGAUGCGCGCGCUCUUCCUCAUCAGCGCGUUCCCCAAGAUCAUCUCCUCCGGCCGACGAUGGAUGACCCCGCCGUCGGCGCCCGAGGAGACCAACCAGCAGACCGACGAGGCGCAGCUGCCGACCGAUCCGGCCGAGUUCGAUGCGCCAGUGGGAGACCAGGCCGACGAGGAGCCCGUCAAGCCGCCGACGCACAGCAAGCAAGGGGACCGCAACGAGUACCUCUUCGACCUCGUAUUUCUACGCUGGUCGCUGCUCGUCGACGGCGCUCUGACAACCCUCGCGGCCUUUGCGACGGAGAAAUGGCACAUUUAUCUCGCCACGUUUCUCCUCCCACUUGGAUCUGGCACGGCGCCUGCGGCAAAGGGAGUCAUCACGGACAUGUGCUCCGGGUCCCAGCGAGCAGACGCGCUGAACGCGGUGACGCUGGUUGAGAACAUCGCGAGACUGGCGACGCAAGGUCUGUUCGGUUUCGUAUUCUCGACGUUUUCGAAUCUCGGUAUAGCCUAUGUGACCUUCUUCUGCAAUGCGGCCAUUGCGGUGUUGGGAAUGGGGGUUUUGUUGUUUUCCCACUUCCCUCCUGAGGGCGCGCAGGUCAUCGACCAGGAGAAGGACGAAGAUGGAGAUGAGGAUCAAGAGAGGCCUGAGGCAUGA